AUGGGUGUAAAAUGUGGUAAAAUAGAAGAUAGUGAAGAUAGUGAAGAUAUUAAUUUCAUAAAAAAUGAUUCAUGCAAUAUACAACAAUCAACAAAUUUCGGUAUUUGUAAAGAUUGUCAAAGUCUGAAUACAGAUAUUUAUAAAAAUUUUGGAUGGUGUCAUUUAUGUAAUUCUAAAAGAUUUGAAAAUGAAUUUGUUAAAUGGACAAGUUGUAAUAAAGUAAUUGAUAGUUUUAUUCAAGAAACUCAAUUAAAUGCUAAUAGUUAUCAUAGAAUUUUGGAAUGGAUUCCAUAUGAUGCGAUUGUUGACGUCGAGUAUAUUGGAAGAGGUUGUUAUGGAACAGUAUUUUCCGCCACGUGGAAGCAAGGGAAUAUUUUGUACUGGAAUAAAGGAAGGAAAAAGUGGGCUAGGAAUUCUAAUAUGAAAGUUGCUGUAAAAUGUAUUGAUAAUUCAUUACGUGCUUACCUUCAAUGCGAUUUUGAACUUCGAGGAAUGAUUCAAUAUUAUGGUAUUACUCGAGAUCCUCAAACUAAUGACUAUUUAAUUGUCAGUGAAUUUGCUAAUAAUGGAAAUUUACGAAGUUUCCUUCGACAUAAUCAUCAUUUGUUAAAUUGGGAGAAACAACAAGAGAGAUCGACGGAUGUAUGCGAUACUUUUCGUAACUCUGACAUUAAUGUGAAUUCACGACAGCAACAUCGUGAUCGAUUGACCUGGAGAUUUCAUCCACAAUCUUGUUAUACGAGCAGGUUACUUAAUUUCAGUAAUCUUCCAGAACCUACAAAUUUCUUUACUCGAUAUUGUUAUGAUUCUGCAUUCGGAAACAGCUUCAGUCCAUAUGCUAAUGAAAAUUUGGAUGAAGAUAUAUAUAGUCCUCCAAGUCCUCAAAUUGAACUUGAACAAUUAAGAACACCCUCAAUGGCACUCUCAGAUCCUAUAUAUACAUCAUUAUUACGUAAACACUUUCGAGGCGAUAAGAUAUUCUUUAAUGAAUCAGAAUUAAGUUCAGACAAUGAAAGUGUUUAUUCACAGGAAAUGUCACCCGAUUUUUCCGACGCAGCAUCAUUACGUUAUUCUAAAGCCAUAACCACUGAAUUAGAACGUCGAUCAACACCGGACAUAGGAGGUAAAGCAUCUCGAUACUCGUUAGCAUUAGUUGCAGAACUUCAACGAUGUACUACACUAGAAGGUUUGAAUGGUCAAAAUCAAAAAGGACGGAAAGAAAUGGUACAAAAUUAUCAUAAUUCAACUUCACAUAAAUAUUUAAUGAAACCAACUGAGAAAACUGGUAUACAACCACCAUCACCACAACGUCCAAAAGAAAUUUUACUUCAAGAUGAUGUUAUUGCUUAUCAGAAUUUUGAAAAUGGAAAAUUUGAAAAAAUUGAAGAAAAUGUGGAUCUGGAAAAUAUUGACGUAUUACAAUUCGUUAGAAGACAACCUACUAUUCAACGAACAAGGAAAGCAAAAACCAAUUCUAUUUUCGUAUCAAAAUUUGAUCAUAAAACUGUCUCUACAAAUUCGACACCAAUUCCACCAAUUCGUGUAUAG